GUAAAGCACGUAUAUGUGGUUUUUUUGGGUGGCUUUCAUGUGUUGAGAUCAUAACUUACCCGUUGUCUACGAACCUACGCGAUCUUCUUCUUUUGGUUGGUGAGUUUUCAAGUAACAGAACAGGCCAAGCCAAGAACAUAGUAUAUUUGUUUGUUUGUUUAUUCGCGCAGAGAAGGAAGAAGAAAAGCAAUGGCAGAUAGGAAUUUGCAGAAGAUGGCAUCGAUAGAUGCACAGUUGAGGCUGUUGGCACCAGGGAAGGUCUCUGAGGAUGACAAGUUGGUGGAGUAUGAUGCUUUGUUAUUGGAUCGGUUUCUUGAUAUAUUGCAGGAUUUGCAUGGCCAGGAUAUCAGAGAAACGGUUCAUGACUGUUACGAGCUUUCAGCAGAGUACGAGGCAAUGCAUGACCCUCAGAAGUUGGAGGAACUUGGGAAAGUGAUAACGAGUUUGGAUCCUGGGGACUCGAUUGUUGUUACAAAAUCAUUCUCUCACAUGCUUAAUCUGGCAAACUUGGCCGAGGAGGUUCAGAUUGCUUAUAGACGAAGGAUUAAGUUAAAGAAGGGAGAUUUUGCUGAUGAGAAUUCGGCAACAACUGAAUCAGAUAUUGAGGAGACACUCAAUAGACUUGUGGGGCAGUUGAACAAGUCGCCAGAGGAAGUUUUUGAAGCUUUGAAGAAUCAGACUGUGGAUUUGGUCCUAACUGCACAUCCUACUCAAUCUGUCCGUAGAUCCUUGCUUCAAAAGCAUGCAAGGAUACGGAAUUGUCUGACUCAGUUGUAUGCCGAGGACAUUACUCCAUACGAUAAGCAGGAACUUGAUGAGGCUUUACAAAGAGAGAUCCAAGCUGCAUUUCGCACUGAUGAGAUCCGAAGGACUCCUCCAACUCCACAAGAUGAAAUGAGGGCGGGAAUGAGCUACUUCCAUGAGACAAUUUGGAAGGGUGUUCCGAAGUUCCUGCGGAGGGUUGACACAGCUUUGAAGAACAUUGGAAUAAAAGAACGCGUUCCUUAUAAUGCCCCCGUCAUCCAGUUCUCUUCUUGGAUGGGUGGGGAUCGUGACGGAAAUCCACGUGUAACUCCUGAAGUUACACGAGAUGUUUGCUUACUAGCUAGGAUGAUGGCUGCUAAUCUCUUUUUCUCCCAAAUAGAGGAUCUUAUGUUUGAGUUGUCUAUGUGGCGCUGCAAUGAAGAACUUCGUGUUCUCGCAGAUGAACUUCAUUCAUCUUCAAAAAGAUAUGCGAAACACUACAUAGAAUUUUGGAAACAGAUCCAUCCAAAUGAGCCAUAUCGUGUUGUUCUUGGAAAUGUAAGGGACAAGCUGUACAACACCCGCGAACGCUCUCGUCAGUUACUAGCCAAUGGGAAAUCUGACAUUCCUGAGGAUUCAACUUUCACUAAUGCUGAGCAGAUCCUCGAACCUCUUGAACUCUGCUACAGAUCACUCUGUGCCUGUGGUGAUCGACCAAUUGCAGACGGAAGCCUUCUUGAUUUCUUACGGCAAGUUUCUACCUUUGGACUCUCACUAGUCAGACUUGAUAUCCGGCAGGAAUCUGACAGGCACACUGAUGUUCUGGAUGCCACCACAAAGCACUUGGGCAUUGGAUCCUAUCGAGAAUGGUCUGAGGAGCAGAGGAGGGAAUGGCUCUUAUCUGAGCUCCGUGGCAAACGUCCUCUUUUUGGACCUGAUCUUCCCAAAACUGAAGAAAUUGCUGAUGUGCUGGACACGUUUCAUGUCAUUGCAGAACUUCCUCCUGACAACUUUGGUGCUUAUAUAAUCUCAAUGGCCACGAGCCCUUCUGAUGUACUUGCUGUUGAACUGUUACAACGUGAAUGUCAUGUCCAACAACCACUUAGGGUUGUUCCAUUGUUUGAAAAGCUGGCUGAUCUUGAAGCUGCUCCUGCUGCUAUGGCUUGUCUCUUCUCAAUAAAUUGGUAUAGAGACCGGAUCAAGGGGAAGCAAGAAGUCAUGAUAGGGUACUCAGAUUCUGGAAAGGAUGCUGGGCGUCUCUCUGCUGCUUGGCAGCUGUACAAGGCUCAAGAAGAGCUUGUGAAGGUGGCGAAGCAAUAUGGGGUUAAGCUAACCAUGUUCCACGGCCGAGGAGGGACAGUUGGAAGAGGUGGAGGGCCUACCCAUCUCGCUAUAUUAUCUCAACCACCGGACACCAUUCAUGGAUCACUUCGUGUGACUGUUCAAGGAGAAGUUAUUGAAAAGUCCUUUGGUGAAGAGCACUUGUGUUUCAGAACGCUCCAGCGUUUUACAGCUGCUACACUUGAGCAUGGAAUGCAUCCUCCGGUCUCGCCAAAAUCAGAAUGGCGUGCUCUCAUGGAUGAGAUGGCAAUUGUUGCGACAAAAGAAUACCGGUCCAUAGUCUUCCAAGAACCUCGUUUUGUUGAAUACUUCCGCCUUGCAACACCAGAGUUGGAGUAUGGUCGGAUGAACAUUGGCAGUCGACCAUCAAAACGGAAGCCAAGUGGCGGCAUUGAAUCACUCCGAGCAAUCCCAUGGAUCUUUGCUUGGACCCAGACAAGGUUUCAUCUACCAGUUUGGCUUGGCUUUGGAGCAGCAUUUAAGCAUGUGAUUCAGAAGGAUAUAAAAAAUCUCCACACGCUCCAGGAGAUGUACAAUCAGUGGCCUUUCUUCAGAGUCACAAUCGACUUAGUUGAGAUGGUUUUUGCCAAGGGAGGUCCAGGAAUCGCUGCUUUGUAUGACAAGCUCCUAGUGUCAGAAGAACUGCGACCUUUCGGAGACCGCUUGAGAGCAAACUAUGAAGAAAAUAAGCUCUUCCUCCUCCAGAUUGCCGGGCAUAAAGACCUUCUUGAAGGAGACCCAUACUUGAAGCAGAGGCUUCGUCUUCGCGAUGCAUAUAUCACAACCCUUAAUGUUUGCCAAGCCUACACUUUGAAGCAAAUUCGUGAUCCUGACUACCAUGUGACAGUAAGGCCACACUUGUCAAAAGAUUACAUGGAAUCGACCAAACCGGCUGCAGAGCUUGUGAAGCUUAACCCUACAAGUGAGUACGCACCAGGCCUGGAAGACACCCUUAUUUUAACCAUGAAGGGCAUCGCUGCUGGCCUGCAAAACACUGGUUAAGAAAGUUUUUCUGCCUCGUAAUACCACAUCAUAUAGGAAUAACUUGCAUGGAAUGCAAGUCUGCUCUGUGUCAAUAGAACUUUAAACCAGCAUCUAUUAAGUCCUCUACUGUAAGGUUGUCAAAAACAUAUUUUUGACAAAACACGGGAAUACAAUGUAAACUUAUAUAGUAAAAACAUAUUAUAAAAUGGUAAGUAAAUUUUUUUUUUUUUCAUACAUAGCUCAAAGUAAAAAUACUAGUAGUUAUAGCAGUUGUUACAGGUAUUUCAAAAGUAACAUAAACAACUCAAGUAGCAGCAUUUGCAGCAGCAGCAGAAGUUAUGGAAA